AAAAAGUCACUACCGUGCUUUAGAAGAAUCGAUGCCUUUGUAUUAGAGAACAUUACUUUUCACUACAAACGUACUUUGAAUCAGCAUUACAGUUGCUUUCAACUAAUCGUUGAAUGGGGCCUUCGUCAAAUUUUUAUUCAGCUAUUCUGCUCAUUAUAAGCCAGAGUUCUUUGGGCACUAGCCGAUAAAGGAACACACAAUCGUCUAAUUGCAGAUAUUGUCUGGCUUAUGAUGGCUGCUGAUAUUUGUAAAGUGCCAAAUGAGCUUUCACUUCACCCAAACUAUCCGUUUCACCAUGAAACGUUUUGACGAAUUGCCGUUGGGUGUUAUGAUUUUCCAAGCCACUCAUUGCUCAAAUGAAGUUGAUCUUUAUCAAUUUAUGGCUUCAUUCUGUAGCCAAGCUUGAGCACGUUGGGAAUAAAUGUGAUCUUUACGUUGGUAAGAAAGUCAUUUUCUUUCCAGUUCCGGAUAUCACAGGCGAUGGUACCAAAAAUUUGAGUACAGAAAUUUUACUAAUUCCUCCACCAAAUGCAUCGAAAUAUUCCAAUUUUGACACUCAUAUUAAACGUCGAACGUGUCCAAUCCAUCAUCUCAACAUCUUUCAUACGGGGUCGCAUUAACAUUUGGAGCUUCUUGUUCAGUGUCAGCAAAGGGCUUUGUGUUGGAAUCGUGGAUUAGCGACGAUCCCCCAUCAUUGCUUGCGUCAUUAAUUUUGGGCCUUUAGGGUACCCCCGCGCCUGCUGAUUGCAUUCGUUUCUAACAACACUGCGCGAUGGUGCUGGAUCAUCAGUAUAGCAUAGGGCAUCAGGUGCCGAUGAAUAAAAUUGUGAGCAGUAUGAUUGAGCUUCUAACAUCAACAAUGCUUGUACUUGCGAGGAGAAAUGUUUUGCAGAGCGAGAACCAUAAGCUCGGCAUCACUAGAUUUCGAGACUGGUCCAUUGCGAAGUUUAGCCAUAAAUGUGUUCACUUGAGUUGACAAAUCAACCGGUCGCCGAUGACACACUUGAUACCAGAUAUCGUAUCUAUUAAAUGUAAGCGUGGAAAUCCAUGUUACAGUGUCAUGACCUGAGAAACUCGGAAUUUCUUGAGGUCGCUCGAAGCUCGACUGUAGCUUUGACUUGAGGUCAUUGAAGAUUUUGAAGUAGUCUAAAUAACACGUCUGUAAAGCGAAUGCACAAUACUUUAGACUCCUAGCUAGUUGAGACAUUGCAUAUCUCCCUUGCUGAUCUUUUGUCAAAGAUCUAAUGUGCGUAGAUAUAUUGUUGAGCUCACAGAAAGAGCAUUUUUUCGUCGCAGCUAAUGUCUCGAUGUUGAUCUUUGGCGAUGAUCUAUCAGAGUUGUAGGCGCUAGCGCGUGCACAUUUGUGAAUUACACGGGAAUAAUAAAUUUGGUUGCCGGGACACUGUGCAUUUCGCCGCCACUGUACAAAUGUGAGAUCACCGACUUUUGAAGUUAUCCGAC